CGAGCGGCGGGGUCCCGCCUUGACGUUGUGCUGCUUGCCGUGGGGUUUAUUUGGCUCCGGGGCCCCUCGCCGACGCCAUUAGGAGCCGCAGCGCCUGAGGCCGAUCCCCCCACCACUCUCCCCCCUCUUCCCCCGAAGCGCCCCCCGCCUCCGCGCCUGCUCUCUGCCCCUCUGCUCCCUCUCCCCCCAACCCCGCCCGGUAGUCCGGAGCUGCGCGCCGGCCCGCGGAGACCAUGUCCUGACUGAGGGGAGAGGGCGGAGGCGGCAGCAGCGGGACGGGUGGCGGCACGGAGGGAGGCGGAGAGGGGCCGGGCUCGGCUCGUCGCCGCGGGCUGCUCGGGGAGUCGCCGCCGCCGCCGCCGCCUCCGGGCGCUGAGCAUCGGACGGGGAGAAGGAGCAGGAGCUGGAGGAGCCGCCGCCGCCAGCUUCCUGCCUGACAUAACUCACUUCAAGAAGAGCACAAUGUCAGAACGUGGAAUUAAGUGGGCUUGUGAAUAUUGUACGUAUGAAAACUGGCCAUCUGCGAUCAAGUGUACUAUGUGUCGCGCCCAAAGACCAAGUGGAACAAUUAUCACAGAAGAUCCAUUUAAAAGUGGUUCAAGCGAUGUUGGUAGAGAUUGGGAUCCUUCCAGCACCGAAGGAGGAAGUAGUCCUUUGAUAUGUCCAGACUCUAGCGCAAGACCCAGGGUUAAGUCUUCAUACAGCAUGGAAAAUGCAAAUAAAUGGUCAUGCCACAUGUGUACCUAUUUGAACUGGCCAAGAGCAAUCAGAUGUACCCAGUGCUUAUCCCAGCGUAGGACCAGGAGUCCCACAGAAUCUCCUCAAUCCUCAGGAUCUGGUUCAAGACCAGUUGCUUUUUCUGUUGAUCCUUGUGAGGAAUACAAUGAUAGAAAUAAACCGAACACAAGGACCCAGCACUGGACUUGUUCUAUUUGCACGUAUGAAAACUGGGCCAAGGCUAAGAAAUGUGUUGUUUGUGACCAUCCCAGACCUAAUAAUAUUGAAGCAAUAGAGUUGGCAGAGACUGAAGAGGCUUCUUCAAUAAUAAAUGAGCAAGACCGAGCUCGGUGGAGGGGAAGCUGCAGCAGUGGGAAUAGCCAAAGAAGGUCACCCCCCACUACAAAACGGGACUCGGAAAUGAAAAUGGAUUUUCAGAGGAUUGAAUUGGCUGGUGCUGUUGGCAGCAAGGAGGAACUUGAAGUGGACUUUAAAAAACUAAAACAAAUUAAAAACAGGAUGAAAAAGACCGAUUGGCUAUUCCUCAAUGCUUGUGUGGGGGUUGUAGAAGGUGAUUUAGCUGCUAUAGAAGCAUACAAGUCAUCAGGAGGAGACAUUGCCCGUCAGCUCACUGCAGACGAAGUGCGUUUGCUAAACCGUCCUUCUGCUUUUGAUGUUGGCUAUACUCUUGUACAUCUGGCUAUACGUUUUCAGAGGCAGGAUAUGCUAGCAAUACUGCUAACAGAGGUGUCUCAACAAGCAGCAAAGUGUAUUCCAGCAAUGGUGUGUCCUGAACUGACAGAGCAGAUCCGGCGAGAGAUAGCUGCCUCUCUUCAUCAGAGAAAGGGGGAUUUUGCUUGCUAUUUUCUAACUGACCUUGUAACAUUUACGUUGCCAGCAGAUAUUGAAGACUUGCCUUCAACAGUCCAGGAAAAACUAUUUGAUGAGGUGCUUGAUAGAGAUGUUCAAAAAGAGUUAGAAGAAGAAUCCCCAAUUAUAAACUGGUCUUUGGAGUUGGCUACGCGCUUGGACAGUCGGCUGUAUGCACUUUGGAACCGGACUGCAGGAGACUGCUUGCUUGAUUCCGUGCUCCAGGCUACCUGGGGCAUUUACGACAAGGACUCGGUGCUUCGGAAAGCCCUGCAUGACAGCCUGCAUGACUGUUCACAUUGGUUUUACACACGUUGGAAAGAUUGGGAAUCAUGGUAUUCUCAGAGCUUUGGUUUACAUUUUUCCUUGAGAGAGGAACAGUGGCAAGAAGACUGGGCAUUUAUACUCUCUCUUGCUAGUCAGCCUGGAGCGAGUUUGGAACAGACACACAUUUUUGUACUUGCACAUAUUCUUCGACGACCAAUCAUAGUUUAUGGAGUAAAAUAUUAUAAAAGUUUCCGGGGAGAAACUUUAGGAUAUACUCGGUUUCAAGGUGUUUAUUUGCCUUUGUUGUGGGAACAGAGUUUUUGUUGGAAAAGUCCCAUCGCUCUAGGCUAUACGAGGGGCCACUUCUCUGCUUUGGUUGCCAUGGAGAAUGACGGCUACGGCAACCGAGGUGCCGGUGCUAACCUGAACACCGAUGACGACGUCACCGUCACGUUUCUGCCUCUGGUGGACAGCGAGAGGAAGUUACUCCACGUGCACUUUCUUUCUGCCCAGGAGCUAGGUAAUGAGGAACAGCAAGAGAAACUGCUCAGGGAGUGGCUGGACUGCUGUGUGACCGAAGGGGGUGUGCUGGUAGCCAUGCAGAAGAGUUCUCGGCGGCGGAACCACCCCUUGGUCACGCAGAUGGUGGAGAAAUGGCUUGACCGCUACCGACAGAUCCGGCCUUGUACGUCCCUGUCAGAUGGAGAGGAAGAUGAAGAUGAUGAAGAUGAAUGAAAAAAAAAAAAAAAAUCAAAGAGCAAAAGACCAGGGUAUCAGCUCUGUGGUGACCCCAAAGCUGGUGUGGUGCAUGCUCCAAGCAGAGCGCAAGGCAUGGAAGGAACCAGAUCUGGCAGGAUCUGCCCAGAAGGGCUUUUCUAAUCCACACCCAUGGAGAUGACGCAUCUGCUGUGUGAGGAGACAACUUUGUUUGGACUACAGUUUGUUUAAAAAAAAAAAAAAAAGGAAAAAGAGCCCCCCCCCUUAAUUUUAUUAAGACAGAACUUUUUUCCUUUCAAAUUGUAAAUCUGUCUAUAAAUGUAACGCAUGUGGUUGUGUAAGAAGUUGUGUAAUAGGACAGGUUGUACCAGCAUCUUCGUAUUACUGAGAAGUUGUUUCCCUGCACGGGCACCUCCGAAAGCACAUGGCAGAUGACUCUUUGUUCCUUUGAGAUACUCUUUUUGAAGUAGAACCUGGCUUUCUACUUCCAUCUUAAGAGAUCCACUUUACGUUGAGUCUCAUUAGAGCUCAUUAAAGAUUUGGAAACUUUUUGUACAAAUUAUCCACAGCCAAAUAUAAAAAUAAAAAUAAGCUUUUAUUUUAA